AUGUUCAAAGCUUUCGGCAAGGACGGCUGGAUCGAUGAGCGGCUCCAGUUCCCCGAGUUCAAGGAGCGGAAGCCAACCCUCCCUCUCGGUUACCUGCCGGUCCUCUCGAUCGACGAGGAGGUUUUCACGCAGACCGAGGCCAUCCUGCGGUGGGUUGCUCAUAAGUCCUCUCUGUACCCCACCGACCUCAAGGAAGCCAUGAGGGUGGACGAGGUGUGCGCGGUAGCUCACGAGGUGCUGUAUAAGUGCCCGUUCGACGCCGAUGAGGAGGUGAAGAAGGCCAAACGUUUGGAGUACGCGGAGGGUCGAAUGCUCCAAAACAUGAGCUACGUCGACUCCAAGCUGGCGGGAUCGAGCAACGGGUUCCUGCUCCCGGGCGGCAUCUCGAUGGCGGACCUGCAGGUGUACAUGGUGGUACACAUGAUCAGGACCGGAAACUUCGACCACAUCGAGCCCGAGUACGUCGACAGGUUCCCGAACAUAUGCAAAAACGCCGCCGCGGUGGAUGCCGAUCCGCUUAUCGUGGAGUACAGGGCCAACUACCCCAACUGA